GGGGGAUCCCGGCAAGUAACAUGACUAAAAAGAAGCGGGAGAAUCUGGGCGUCGCUCUAGAGAAUCCUGACUGUUUGCAAGCUGAAAGGCUCUGCUGCCCAUCGCUAGCUGCUGGUGUGCCGUAUGUUUCAGAUCGAUGGGGUGGAGGAGAAGCUGUCACAAUGUCGAAGGGACCUGGAGGCUGUGAAUUCUAGGCUCUGUGGUGCGGAGCUGAGCCCAGAGGCCAGGAAGUCUCUGGAGAAGGAGAAAAACAGCCUGAUAAACAGAGCCUCCAACUAUGAGAAGGAGCUCAAGUUGCUUCGGCAGGAGAACCGGAAGAACAUGCUGCUCUCUGUGGCCAUCUUCAUCCUCCUGAGCCUCGUCUACGCCUACUGGACCAUGUGAGCCCGAGAUUCCUCCUGAGUCAGCAACCUAGGCUGCUCACAACCAAGCAGGCCCUUCAGGCCUUAAGAGGACCAAGGUGCAGGGGCAUUUCUACCUGACCUAGACACCGACCAGACACCGGAGCAGGGCUUCCUGUUGGCCCAGCCCCUCCUGCCUUCGGUCUUGCUGGGGGCCUGGGUCUCCAGGAUGUUGGCAUGCUCCUCCCUUAGCCCAAGGGAGAGGCAAUAAAGAACACCCGGGCUGCUCCUGUGUGCUGAGUAAAUG